AGCAGUUAUCACAGAGACAGACCAGCAAAAAGCACUUGAACCACCUUCUCAGAGCAGAUUUUACCAGGACGAUCUCACUUCAGUUGUGAAUCUGACUCAGCCAUGAAGUUCAUCACACUUAUCUUUCUCAUCGUCAUCACAUGUUUGUGCAUGACCUUCUCACAGGGUUCCUAUGAGGACUGCUGUCUGAAGUAUGUGACGAAGUUAAGGCCCUCAAUGCAUAAAAUGGCCCGGAGCUACCGGAUACAGAAGCUGGAUGGUGGCUGCAACAUCCCUGCUAUUGUGUUUUCCAUGAAGCGGGGGAAGAUGUUCUGUGCUGACCCAAAGGCAGCAUGGGCGCAGAAGCUGAUGAAGCUGAUCAACAGGCACAACAAGAAGGCCAUCAAAGGGUGAAGGAGAGACUAUCCAACAGACAACAGGAGAGAGACAGAAGCGGAGAGAGCGAGACAGGGCGAAAGAGCAACGAUGCUUUCAGCUCCACUCUUUACACCUUCACAAUUUUUCACUGCAAUCGGACACUCCUACAUGAUGGGCUGUCUAAAUGGGAUCCCUCUCGCCCCUGGCUCUUCACUGCUUAGCUCACACCUAGCCUUCGUAAAUGCAGCUGAGACGCAAAAACAGUUCAGUCGACUUUUCUCAAAAUGUAUUUUUUGCACAUUAAAAUGCACUGACACUAGUCUACACUCAUAGGCGGGCACAGAUGGGGAUGAGGUGGUGCUAAAGCUGAACAAACCUUUGAUUGGUAUUGAAUUCAUGUAACAAAAUGAUUUAUGACAAAUUAUUCAAAAGAAACACAACUGUUUUGUACUUGCACCUCAGCAGCUGGUUUGCUGUCACCUCCUGUUGGGUACAGACAAGAACAACAGCAACUUUAAUAGGGCACUGUCAUACACAUAACUUGUUUGUAUAUUGAUGCUGACAAGGAACCAGAGAGAGAGAGAGAGAGAGAGAGAGAGAGAGAGAGAGAGAGAGAGAGAGAGAGAGAGAGAGAGAGAGAGAGAGAGAGAGAGAGAGAGAGAGAGAGAGAGAGAGAGAGAGAGAGAAAGAAUGUGACAGAAAACGUAACUAAUCUAGUCAUUUUUCAACACUGUGUUAUCUUGUGUGUUACUGGCUAUAAAAUUCCCCCAGUGUCAGUGAGAGCAGUGUCUCACAAGACAGAUCAGGGAGGAUUCUCUUGUUCCCAAUCUGCAGACUCCUCUCCAUUCCUCUGCUCUCCACGGACACUGAUGACAUACGACAGGGAACACAACAAAAAUGUAUCUCAACAAGUUAACCAAGGGUGUUCUUUCACUUUUCAGUGUUCUGAGUGUAUACAACAGGUGCAAAUUAUUUCUAGCAAUCAGUAGUUUGGGGAAAUCAUGUUGUGGGUGAUUAAAAUAGCUUUUGAAGUGAUUUCAAUCAGAUCAGAUUUCAAUGCAUCGCGUGUUGUGUAUCCCAGCUUAUUAAUUAUCAUUCUUAAUAACUGAUAAUUCUAUGACAUUAUAAUUGAAGUCUGUCACAAAAUGCAGUGUAGAGAGACAACACUAAACCAACAAUAUGAAUGUUAUAUGCUGCUUUAAAUCAGCGGAGUGUGUUGGCAGGAUACCCUUAUCCUUUAUUAUUAUCCUCUAUAGGAAUGUGCUACAGCGAGUGCAGCUUUUGACAUAUUUAAAAGGUGAUGCCAAACUUUACUUUAUCCGUCGGAAGUUAAUUGUCAGGACAAAGGUCUCUGCAACCCUUGUCGUGUCUUAUUGAUUCACUGUAGGUACUGUUAGGUGUUAUCUUGUAUUUCCCACAGAAGUGUGUUGUAGAUAAGACUUUUUCACACAUUUUUUACCACUGUUUGUAAAAAAAUAAAUAAAACUUCAUACCGUUGA